AUGACAAACGUCAAAAAGGCAAUUAUUAUUGGAGGCGGGCCAGCGGGGCUGCUUGCAGCACUGCGUCUUCAGAGAUCCAAUGGAAUUCAUCCUGUCGUUUACGAAAUUCGCUCUGAAACCACCACGCUAGGAGGAGCAAUUGGCAUACCCUCCAAUGGUCUUCGCUUGCUCGAUCGCCUCGGACUGUACCAUAAACUAGCUGCACGAGGUGCACUGACAUCUGCUGUAGUCAUCCACUCGUUGCAGGGUUCGGUAGUGGGAACCAUGGAUAUGGUGUCGUGGAGCAAAGACAAGACCGGGUUUGGCUACCUGCGAAUCAAAAGAACAGACCUGAUGGACGUCCUGCUGGAAGCCACCGCAGAGGCAAAAAUUCCAAUUCUUUACGGCAAGCGAUUAGCCAAAAUCGAAGAUGGUGCCAAUGAGGUCACUGCUAUCUUUGCGGACGGAACACAAGAUUCUGCAGAUCUUGUGUUGGGCUGCGAUGGCAUCCAUUCGGCAGUCAGAAAACUCUACGUCGACCCUGACUGCAUCCCAGAAUAUUCCGGCAUUGCCAACAUGUAUUCCAUGGUCUCGACUGCAAAUCUUCCGCCUUCAGCCGCGGCGAUUGAUCAACUCAAUGCCACCCUGACCACUGACGGACUGUUUGCAGUGAGCCCGGCAACAAACGCAAGGGACACACUGUAUUGGUUUUUCUCACGAGAGGUUCCGAUGCCAGAGACCCAUGACGUUCGAGACGGGUGGGAACAUCGCAGCCAAAGUGAAGUUCAAAAUGCCAUUAAAAUGAUGUUGGGGCUCUUUGGAGAUGCAGAUUCUGACUGGACGAAUUUGAUACGCGACAUAGUCAAAUCGACAGAUGUCAUUCGAUUCUACCCAGUGUACAAAUUGCCUCCUGGUAGACCAUGGUGCAAAGGACGCUGCCUUAUCUUGGGUGAUGCAGCCCAUGCCAUGCCACCGCAUGCAAGCCAAGGAGUUUCAAUGGCAAUCGAGGACAUCUUUCUCCUCUCCAAAGCUUUGCAGAACGAUCUGCCGCUCCACGGGUCACUCCAAGCUUUUGAGAAGAAGCGGAAGAUCCGAACUGAGGAAAUGCUGCGAACGGCGGAACGCAACGGUACGAUUCGUGAAAAGGUACCUCAGUGGCGUCUCAAGGCCAAUGAAUUCUUCAUGAGAGGCGGAUUGUGGGUGUAUGAGACUGCAAACCUUGGAAAGCUUGGAAUCGGACAGAAAGCACUGGCGUAUGACGUGGAGGAAGAGGAUAUUUAA